AACCGCGUGGCUGUUGCUGAAGAUGGCGGGGCGAAGUCUCGGUCUCUCGAGAAGCAGCGUUCCAGGAACUCCGCUCCGGCCACCCGUUCAGCAACCCUCUACACCUGGACCGGACCUCCUCGCUUUGGAGGAAGAGUAUAAGCGUUUAAAUGCAGAAUUGCAGGCAAAAACAGCUGACGUGGUUCGACAAGCUAAGGAAAUAAUAAGAGAUCGGCAAGAAGUACGAUCUAGGCCUCUUUCAACACAAGUGAAAUCAUGUGAUGACAAAGAUGAUUAUAGUUUAAGAGGUCCAUUACCAUCCGAAGGGAUAGUUCAUCUUCAUUCAGAAACGAAGCCAAAGACCAAAAACAUUGAUCCUGUAAACAAGGUUCAAAACAAAUUACACUCUGCAAAUAAAGGAAGGAAAACAAAUUCAAGUGUUAAAUUGAAAUAUUCUGAUGUACAGACUGCCAACGAUGUUGUCAUUCCAGAGGAUUUUUCAGACUUUUCCCUUGCAGAAACAUUUAGCAAAAUUGAAGGGCAACUGGAGGAAGAAGCCUUACCUGAAUAUAUAGAUGACAUUUUUUCUGGUGCUGGUAACAACAUUGGAGCAGAAGCACAGCUCAGAUUUCUAAAGGCCAAACUCCAUGUUAUGCAGGAAGAAUUGGAUAAUGUUGCAUGUGAAUGCAAUAAAAAGGAGGAUGAAAUUCAGAAUUUAAAGUUACAAGUAAAAAAUUUUGAAGAAGAUUUUAUGAAACAGCAGCGAACAAUUCAUAUGCAACAGUCUCAAGUUGAAAAAUAUAAGACUCUUUUCGAAGAAGCAAACAAAAAGUGUGAUGGAUUACAGCAACAGUUGUCUUCAGUAGAAAGGGAAUUAGAAGAUAAAAGAAGAUUGCAAAAACAGGCUGCAAGUAGUCAAAGUGCCACAGAGGUUCGCUUGAAUAGAGCUCUAGAAGAAGCAGAAAAGUAUAAACUGGAGUUAAAUAAAUUAAGGCAAAAUAACAAGGUAUGGAAAAAUUGAAUAGCU